UGUUUAUAUUUUCAUUCUCUGUACACUACGAGAUUUUCAUAAAAGGGGUAACAUUUGCUCUGCAAAUACGUUUUCAUAAAAAAAUUAUUGUAUCGUAUGUUACAUUUCUAAAAUCGAAAUGCAAAAUGUUGAGAAUAAUGAUGACUUCUUCUCAAUGCCACAUCGAUUGCACGCUUUUAUUGACUUUGAGUGAGAAAAGAAAUAUGUCAAUUAUAAAUACUGUGUUUAAUUCUAUCCUGUUAUGUUUGAAAUACUUAAAACAUGUUAUAAUUUUCUAUUCAGACAUUCAGAUGGAUUCAAAUAGCAACUGGAUUCCUCCAUGUUUUCAAACAACUAGUGUGACCGAGUUCCAUAUUUUGGGCUGUGUCAACAAUGAAUCCGACUUAAACACAGUUUUGGAGGCACACAAACGGUCAUCACUAUGUUUCUUUGUUACCUGGUCAGAUGAUAAGAAGAAAAAGGAGAAGAAGACAAGAAGAAUAGUCUGGCAGCACGAAGAUGUAAACACAGGAAAGAGUAUAUGUCCAUUUACUGUUGACAGAAGUGUUGUUCUCACAUGUCAAUUUGGAAAAGGAAGGAAAGCAAGGAAUUCAGACCAUGUCUAUCAGAAGAAAAAAGAUUCUUAAUACAGAAUUCAAGAAAAGUUAUGAUGAUUACCAGAUUCCAGCAUCAGCUGGAAGAGGUGCGAAGCAGCGUCAUAUGGACAUGCUCCUUUCUGAUAUUGAAGGAAAGAAGGUUAAUAUCAGCAGUAAAAUUCACCUUAAAUUACCAAUGGGUGCUUCAUACACCAAGCAUACUGUUACCAUGGAGAGUGCAUUUGCAAACCGAAUGCACACUAGAUUAAAAGAAAGAAUCAGUGAGCAUGUGAAGAUGGGCAUAACAUCAGUACCAUAUAUCAGAAAGAUGCUGAAAAGUUUUGUAGAAAAAGAAAUGAGGUCUGAAGAUUGUGGGUCACCAUCUAGCAAUGACAGGAGCUACUUCCCGACAAAUAGAGAUAUAAGGAAUUGUGUGCAUGUAGCACUUGUGAAAGGCCAGUACUCUGGUCUAGACCAAGAAAAUCUAAAAAAAAAUAAUUGACGAAUGGCAAAAGGAAGAACCAGAAGAUAUGUUCUUUUACAGACAAUACACAGGAGAUCAAGUAAAUGCCAAUUUGGUGAGAAAUAGGAAAAUAGAGCAGAUUUUUCCAUCAGAUGAUGAAGAUGAUGACCUUGAAAACGAUGAUACAUCAGGUGCUGAGAAAAAUACCUUUCUCUUUAUACAUCAGAGUAAACAACAACAGCAACUUCUACAAAAGUAUGGAGAGCUGGCUUUAAUAGAUGCCACUUAUAAAACCACAAAAUAUGCUCUUCCGUUAUUUCUACUUGUUGUGCGCACCAAUGUGUCCUAUGUACCCAUUGCAGAAUUUAUAGUAGAGGCAGAACAAACAGAGACUAUUUUAGAGGCACUCCAGGUAAUUAAAUCCUGGAACUCAUUGUGGGAUCCAAAGUAUUUCAUGCUAGACUAUUCUCAUCAAGAAUACCAGGCCAUUCAUGAGUUAUUCCCUGAUGCAGCCAAAUAUCUGUGCACUUUCCAUGUGGAACAACCUUGGAUCCGGUGGUGUAAACAGAAAGAGAACAAUCUCAAGGAAUCUGAGAAAGAAAAACUCCUUGAUGCAUUGUGCGAUAUUGCCAGAGCUCCGUCGGUGGACCUUUAUCAGAAAGCAAGGGAAUCCCUUAUCAAUCUUCCUGUUUUCACUGAAAAUCCAAAAGUGAAAACUUACUUGGAAACAAGAUGGUUAAACAUACCAGAGAGAUGGUGCAGAGCUUUUGCUAGUGAGGGGUUCCAUGUUGGUGUGACAACAAACAAUGGUGUUGAGGCUUUAAACAACUCACUGAAAAACUUUUACGCAAGGUUGACCUCUUCUGGAACGCUUACCUCCUUGAUUGAGAUUAUUGUAAAGGACUUUAUCCCUGACCUCAUCCGAACAUAUUUGCAAUUAAAUUACCAGUACACCAACCAAUACAGAAAGUACAACGAUUGUGUCCCUGCAUUCUUACAGAACAAACCAAGAAGUGUUGUUAAACAUUACUUGGUUCGUUCCGCAUUCGCAGGAGAAUACAGUUCAGAUGAUCUGAAGAACAUAGGUGAGAACAUGUAUGAAGUAAAAAGUCAGUCAAGUGAUACUGGAGUCUACAAAGUCCAUCUUGGUACUGAUGAAACUGCAACCAGAUGUUCCUGUCAAGACUUUUUGUCAUCAUUUUUGCCUUGUAAACAUAUAUUAGCUGUUAUCCGUUUCACUCAUCACACUUGGGAAAGUCUGUCACCUUUAUAUCGACAAAGCCCAUAUUUGAACCUUGAUAGCACUUUUCUCUGUCAAUGCUAUGGAAUACAUUGAAAAUAAAUCAGAGAUUCAGCUGCCUGCAGACUUUGUUUUAGAGGUACCAACAAAUGAAGAAAUCUCAGAUAUUACAGAAAACAAUCAACAAAAACAAAUUCUAAAAUUAAGAGCAGAACUGAGAAAUAACAUUAAAGUUUUGGAUGACCUAACAUUCCUAAGCAGCAGCCAAAAGGAAUUAUCUGAUGUUAACAACAUGGUAUUGACAUGCAUCAAAUGUUUGCAAGGGUCAGUUGAUGUUGAGGGCAAUUUACCAAUACAUAGAGGAGAAACAGUUCAGAAGACACCUACAACUGCAAAACCCCACCGACAGUUACCACAGAAAAGGAAACAAAAGAGAAAAAAAUGAGGAAGCCAUUUUUAAAAGUGAAAGAAAAGUGUAUGAAUAAUGAACCAGUAAUGCUUCAAAAAGCUAAAGAAUUGAAGGAGGGGAUGUCAAAUUGUGAGUGGAGGAAUUUUGUAAAGGAGGCAAAACAAAAUUCCCAUAUAAAGAUUGGCUUGAUCGCCCGAAAGGGAGCAGUUGUAUUGGAGGAGUACAGUAAUUCAGAGGAGGAGCAAUUUGAAUUGUUGCAAAGACUUUCAUUUCUUUCUCCACCUGAAAUGCCAGACACCCAAAAAUUUAGGUUAUCAAAUAUGAUGCUUAGUGGGCUAGUGAAUCAAAAGAAAUUGGUUUUGAAGAGAAAUUUUGAAAAAGAAGCAGAAGAUGGACGAAAUGCUAUGGAGGGUUUAAUUAGUGCUGCAAAACGCAUGAAAACAGGGUUUGCAUGCAAGAGAAAGAAUAUACAAGGCUUAAGUAAACCUCCACAGAGAAAACGAGGUCGGUUGGAAGAGAACAAACAUCCAAACAAACACUCAGAAUUUAAUGAAUCAGCUACAAUGGGUGCUAGCAGAUUUAAAUCAAAAGCAUUCUGAAAAAAAAAAGUGUCCAUAAGAGUGACCAGAAGCAGGUUCAUUUUAAGGAAGGUACAAAUAGUGACUAUGCUUGGUCCCUGACUGUGCUUGACAUACAACAAGGUACAUGUAGUA